AUAAAAACAAAGGGCACAGGAAAUCUUACCAUAGUCAGCAGGCUGGGGUUUUCCAGUUUAGCUGCUUAUAUAAACUGCAUUCCAGAUCCCUUUCUGUCUCCUGAUUCUGCUCCUUUGUUCGCAGAGAUGGCUUCCUGCCUCUGUGUGGUCCAUUCUGAGCAAUGGAAUUCAAUGACCUUCAAUGCCAACUUGGAAGACAGAGUGAAGAAGAUCAAAGAACAUGUCCGGUCUAAGACCAAGAUUCCCGUGCAGGAGCAGGUCCUCCAGCUGGGCUCCAAGACCCUAAAGCCCCAGAGAACCCUGUCAUCUUAUGGUAUCGACAAGGAGACGACUAUCCACCUCACCCUGAAGGUGGUGAAGCCCAGUGAUGAGGAGCUGCCCGUGGUUUUGGUGGAGUCAGGUGCUGAGGGGCAGAGGCACCUCCUCCAGGUGCGGAGGUCCAGCUCAGUGGCCCAGGUGAAGGAGAUGAUUAAGGAGAAGACCGCUAUAAUUCCUAAGAAGCAGAUUGUGACUUGCAAUGGAAAAAGAUUGGAAGAUGGGAAGAUUCUGGGAGAUUAUGGCAUCAGAAAGGGCAAUAUACUCUUUCUGACACCUCACUGCAUUGGCGGGUGACAGCAAUAAAAAAAAUGGCCUUAUUUUCGACUACUUCUUACUCACUAAUAAUUACUCAUAUUACUGAUAAUGUCCCCAAAUUAAUGAGAAAGAUCAGUAGAAAGAAGAUUUGGUCUGGACUGGGGAGGAAGACUGUAGCAUAUUUCUGACUCUUUGAUUCCUUGAUUCUAACAUGAUUGAAUAAGUUUCAGGACAGGGAAUAACAUUUAAUCCUUUCUUGGUUCCCUCUGAUUCUUAGAAAAACUCCUAUUUCUUUUCCUAUCCAACAAUAAAGUAAGUUUUAGGUUGGGACCUAUGUUUUACUAAA